UGGCAGUACAACAGAAAUUUUUCAAAAACUCCACAAACAAAUAAACCAUAAUUGUUAGCCAAUGGUGCAACCAGAAGUAGCGAAAUCACUUUACAAUUGUGUGCAGUAAUCCAGUAACUGGGAGAAUUUUUUCUGAUUUCUGUGCACCCCCACACAGUAUACCACUACAUUCAACAACACAUUUUUAUGUUCGAAUCUUCGACGACUUCAGCAGUUCUAUAACUUCAGUGAAUUUGUUGUAGUAGUUGUAACAUUAGCAAACGUGCAUUAACUCAACUUACUCAACUCUCUUCGACUCAUCACCAUCAGCUGUUGGUAGGUGCCGCCCCCUGCCGUGAAGAAUCCUCAAGGUGAAAUCGCGACGAAAAUCAUGGCGGCUGUCUGUCGAUCCGGUGAUUAGGAUGAGUGCGAAUUCAAGUUGUUCGGUGUGCGGAUCGACAAAAAAGUUGUUACGUUGUUCACGUUGUAAAUCAAAAUUUUACUGUUCACGCGAGCACCAGAAGAAGGACUGGAAAGAGCACCGCAAAGAGUGCGCCAAACUAGCCCUAACCCUAGAAAAAAACUCCAUGCCCGCAGAAGGCAGCAGCGAAAGCGAUAUCCUCAACUCUUUGCCGCAGGAACUGAGCCCCCAUCUAGACUUCGACAAGACCUCGACGGAAAAGGUUCUGAAGUCCGCGAAAACCGCAAUGCCCAUCAGCGGAGAAAACAUCGUCCACCCCAAGAACUCCGGAGUUAAAGAUUCGGACAUUUCCCUGCAGCAUAGUUCUUGGAGUAAUGUGUUCGAACAAAGGAAAGAUCUCGACGAGAUCUGCCAGAAUCUAGUGCAAGAUAUGGACGCGUAUGGAGUUUGUGUUGUUGAUAAUUUCCUAGGGGAGGAAAAGGGUAAAGCUGUGCUGGGGGAGGUUCUAGGGAUGUACAACACGAAGGGUGUUUUCAAAGAUGGACAGUUGGUUUCUAGGAAGGGGUCUGGUGACUUGAAGACUAUUCGGGGCGACAGGAUCACCUGGAUUAACGGGACUGAAAAGUAUUGUAAUAAUAUCAAACAACUAAUUAGUCAAGUCGAUGCUGUGGUAGUCAGGGCUAAUAAAAUGGCAAUGGCGAGUAGCGGCAAGUUAGGGAUGUACAACAUCGAUAGCAGGACUAAGGCUAUGGUGGCGUGCUACCCCGGUUUAGGUUCUCACUACGUCAAACAUGUAGAUAAUCCGAAUAGAGACGGCCGGUGCAUAACAGCAAUAUAUUACCUCAAUUUAAAUUGGAAUGUUAAAAAAAGUGGAGGAUUACUUAGGAUUUUCCCGGAAGGGUGGCUAGGCGAUAAGGUGGCUGAUAUAGAGCCGGUGUUUGAUAGACUUUUAUUUUUCUGGUCAGAUCGAAGAAAUCCGCACGAAGUUCAACCUGCCUUUGACACAAGAUACGCGAUAACGUUGUGGUAUUUUGAUGCUAUUGAAAGGAAAGAAGCACGCCAGAGAUAUGAAACCGGACGGCAUUCAUAGCGUUCGACUGGCUUACGUUCAGAACGAUCAACUGUGUCCGUUUUAAAACAGACAAACCUAGUAACUAUGUGAUAUUUAAUAUGUUUGUUAAAAAUUGGUAACAGUAUCGUUGCGUACCCUGUAUAUAUUGUGUAUUUUCUUGGAACUAAUUUUGUAUGAUUAUUUAAGUUUGACAGUGUGAUAUUUAUGUUUUAUGUUGAUGACCGUUACUGAAGUUCACUGAUACGUAUUGUAUUGUCUUAGCGGUAUUAACUGUUAAGUUUAUUUAAUUCAGUUUGAAGCUCUGAUCUGUUGGCUACACUUCUUAGCAUAUUAGUUGGUCUUCAUGGGUACACUAAUAUGACUAAAAAGUAGACGGCAUGCGUUGGUGCUUUGUUGCCGGUAGGCUAUUUCUUUUAAGUUACAAUUUAAUACAAAAGUUGUAUAUAAUGUAAAAGUAAUUUUCAAGUGUACAAUUUAUUUAGGAUUAUGUUUGAGCCCUAACUAAUAAAUUUAUAUACAUUAUAUUUUCAUCUUAUAA